UUUGAAACUGUGGAAAACGAACCCGUUAAUGUUGAAGAAUUAGCGUUCAAGUUCGCGGUCACCAGCAUUAACAGAAAUCGAACCCUGAUGCCUAACACCACAUUAACCUAUGACAUCCAGAAAAUUAACCUUUUCGACAGUUUUGAAGCCUCACGGAGAGCGUGUGACCAGCUGGCUCUCGGUGUGGCUGCUCUCUUUGGCCCUUCCCAUAGUUCCUCUGUCAGUGCUGUGCAGUCUAUUUGCAACGCUCUUGAAGUUCCACACAUACAGACCCGCUGGAAACACCCCUCGGUGGACAACAAAGACUUGUUUUACAUCAACCUCUACCCAGAUUAUGCAGCUAUCAGCAGGGCAGUCCUGGAUCUGGUCCUCUACUACAACUGGAAAACAGUGACCGUGGUGUAUGAAGACAGCACAGGUCUAAUUCGUCUGCAAGAGCUCAUCAAAGCUCCCUCCAGAUAUAACAUUAAAAUCAAAAUCCGCCAGCUGCCCUCUGGGAAUAAAGAUGCCAAGCCUUUACUCAAGGAGAUGAAGAAGGGCAAGGAGUUCUAUGUGAUAUUUGAUUGUUCGCAUGAAACAGCCGCUGAAAUCCUUAAGCAGAUUCUGUUCAUGGGCAUGAUGACCGAGUACUACCACUACUUUUUCACGACCCUGGACUUAUUUGCUUUAGAUCUGGAACUCUAUAGGUACAGUGGAGUAAAUAUGACUGGGUUUCGGCUACUUAACAUUGACAACCCUCACGUAUCAUCCAUCAUUGAAAAGUGGUCCAUGGAGAGACUGCAGGCCCCACCCAGGCCCGAGACUGGCCUCUUGGAUGGCAUGAUGACAACAGAAGCGGCUCUGAUGUACGAUGCUGUGUACAUGGUGGCCAUUGCCUCCCACCGGGCUGCCCAGCUGACCGUCAGCUCCCUACAGUGCCAUCGACACAAGCCAUGGCGCCUUGGACCCAGAUUUAUGAACCUGAUCAAAGAGGCUCGGUGGGAUGGCUUGACUGGGCGUAUCAUCUUCAAUAAAACCGAUGGCUUGAGGAAGGAUUUUGAUCUGGACAUAAUUAGUCUCAAAGAGGAAGGAACUGAAAAGGCUGCUGGAGAGGUGUCUAAACACUUACACAAAGUGUGGAAGAAGAUUGGGAUUUGGAACUCCAAUAGUGGACUUAACAUGACGGAUGGCAACAAAGACAGGUCCAACAACAUCACCGAUUCACUGGCCAACCGAACGCUCAUCGUCACCACCAUUCUGGAGGAACCCUAUGUGAUGUACAGGAAAUCUGAUAAGCCCCUCUACGGAAAUGACAGAUUUGAAGGAUAUUGCCUGGAUCUGUUGAAGGAAUUGUCAAAUAUCCUGGGUUUCAUUUAUGAUGUUAAACUUGUCCCCGAUGGCAAAUAUGGAGCCCAGAAUGACAAAGGAGAGUGGAAUGGAAUGGUCAAAGAACUUAUAGAUCAUAGGGCUGACCUGGCAGUGGCUCCUCUUACCAUCACCUACGUGCGAGAGAAAGUCAUCGACUUCUCCAAGCCCUUCAUGACCCUGGGGAUCAGCAUUCUUUACCGGAAGCCCAAUGGUACCAAUCCGGGAGUCUUCUCCUUCCUCAACCCCCUGUCUCCCGACAUUUGGAUGUAUGUGCUCUUAGCCUGCUUGGGAGUCAGUUGUGUACUCUUUGUGAUUGCAAGGUUUACACCCUACGAGUGGUAUAACCCCCACCCAUGCAACCCUGACUCAGACGUGGUGGAAAACAAUUUUACUUUACUAAAUAGUUUCUGGUUUGGAGUUGGAGCUCUCAUGCAGCAAGGAUCAGAGCUGAUGCCCAAAGCUCUAUCGACCAGAAUAGUUGGAGGGAUAUGGUGGUUUUUCACCCUAAUCAUCAUUUCAUCCUACACUGCCAAUCUGGCUGCCUUCUUGACAGUAGAGAGAAUGGAAUCCCCCAUAGAUUCUGCAGAUGAUCUGGCAAAGCAAACCAAGAUAGAAUAUGGGGCAGUCAGAGAUGGAUCAACAAUGACCUUCUUCAAGAAAUCAAAGAUAUCCACCUAUGAGAAGAUGUGGGCUUUCAUGAGCAGCAGGCAGCAGACUGCCCUGGUGAAACACAGUGAUGAGGGAAUCCACCGAGUGCUCACCACUGACUACGCCCUGCUGAUGGAGUCCACCAGCAUUGAGUAUGUGACACAGAGAAACUGCAACCUCACUCAGAUUGGGGGCCUCAUUGACUCCAAAGGUUAUGGAGUGGGAACACCUAUAGGUUCUCCGUACCGGGAUAAAAUCACUAUUGCUAUUCUUCAAUUACAAGAAGAGGGGAAACUACAUAUGAUGAAAGAGAAGUGGUGGCGGGGAAAUGGCUGCCCUGAGGAAGACAGCAAAGAGGCCAGUGCUCUGGGAGUAGAAAAUAUUGGGGGCAUCUUCAUUGUUCUGGCUGCUGGACUGGUGCUUUCAGUAUUUGUAGCCAUUGGAGAAUUUGUAUACAAAUCACGGAAGAACAAUGAUAUUGAACAGGCUUUUUGUUUCUUUUAUGGACUGCAGUGUAAGCAAACCCAUCCAACCAACUCCACUUCAGGAACCACUUUAUCUACGGAUUUAGAAUGUGGCAAAUUAAUUCGAGAGGACAGAGGGAUUCGGACACAGUCCUCAGUUCAUACUGUGUAAUCAGUUAAAAAAAAAAAAGAAAAAGGUGUGCCCAGUAGAAAUUGUUUCUGCUAAUUGGUGUU